CCCGAGCUCUGCCAAUGGACGGACGCGAGGCGGUGCACCCGAGCAGAGCGCGGACCGCAGCGCGCGGGGCUCCGGGGGCAUCCGCCGCUCGGCUCCGUCUGCCGGCCUUGUCCGCCUGUCUUGUCCUCCUCCUGCGGCCGCGCUGCCGGGCCCUCGCGCCUUGGCGAGGUCGACAAGCAGCAUGGCGGUGGAGGAAGAGGGGCUGCGGGUCUUCCAGAGCGUGAGGAUCAAGAUCGGUGAAGCCAAGAAUCUUCCUUCCUACCCGGGGCCAAACAAGAUGAGGGAUUGCUACUGCACAGUGAACCUGGACCAGGAGGAGGUUUUCCGGACCAAAAUUGUAGAGAAGUCACUCUGCCCCUUUUAUGGAGAAGACUUUUACUGUGAAAUCCCUCGGAGUUUCCGUCACCUGUCCUUUUACAUUUUUGAUAGAGACGUUUUCCGAAGGGAUUCCAUCAUAGGCAAGGUGGCCAUCCAGAAGGAAGACUUGCAGAGUUACCACAACAGGGACACGUGGUUCCAGCUGCAGCAUGUGGACGCUGACUCGGAGGUGCAGGGCAAGGUCCACCUGGAGCUGAGGCUGAGUGAGGUCAUUACAGACACCGGUGUGGUCUGCCACAAACUCGCGGCACGCAUCUUCGAGUGCCAAGGCCUCCCCAUUGUGAACGGGCAGUGCGACCCUUACGCCACAGUGACGUUGGCCGGACCCUUCAGGUCGGAAGCGAAGAAGACGAAGGUGAAGAAGAAGACGAACAAUCCCCAGUUUGACGAGGUGUUUUAUUUCGAGGUGACCAGACCCUGCAGCUACAGCAAAAAGUCACACUUUGACUUUGAGGAGGAGGACGUAGACAAACUUGAAAUUCGAGUUGACCUCUGGAAUGCCAGCAACCUGAAGUUUGGGGACGAGUUUCUUGGGGAGCUGAGGAUCCCUCUCAGAGUGCUGCGACAUGCUAGCUCUUACGAAGCCUGGUACUUCCUCCAGCCCCGGGACAAUGGCGGGAAGAGCCUGAAGCCAGAUGACUUGGGGUCGCUGAGGUUAAAUGUAGUUUAUACAGAAGACCAUGUCUUCUCCUCUGAGUACUACAGCCCACUGCGUGACCUGUUACUGAAGUCUGCGGACGUGGAGCCUGUCUCAGCCUCGGCAGCUCACAUCCUGGGUGAGGUAUGCAGAGAUAAGCAAGAGGCAGCCAUCCCACUGGUACGGCUCCUGCUGCACUACGGCAGGGUAGUGCCCUUCAUCAGUGCCAUCGCCAGCGCGGAGGUGAAAAGAACUCAGGACCCCAAUACCAUCUUCCGAGGAAACUCACUGACAUCUAAGUGCAUAGAUGAGACGAUGAAGCUGGCGGGCAUGCACUACCUCCAUGUGACCCUGAAGCCCACCAUUGAGGAGAUUUGCCAGAGCCACAAGUCCUGUGAAAUUGACCCCGUGAAGUUGAAAGACGGCGAAAACCUCGAGAACAACAUGGAGAGCCUGCGGCAGUAUGUGGACCGCAUCUUCACGGUCAUCACCAAGUCUGGAGUGAGCUGUCCCACCGUCAUGUGUGACAUCUUCUUUUCUCUGCGGGAGGCGGCUGCCAAGCGCUUCCAAGAUGACCUGGACGUGAGGUACACGGCUGUGAGCAGCUUCAUCUUCCUGAGGUUCUUCGCUCCUGCCAUCCUGUCCCCAAACCUCUUCCAGCUGACACCCCACCACACGGAUCCACAAACUUCUAGAACCCUGACACUUAUCUCAAAGACAAUCCAGACUCUCGGCAGCUUGUCCAAGUCCAAGUCUGCCAGUUUUAAGGAGUCAUACAUGGCGACAUUCUAUGAAUUCUUCAAUGAGCAAAAGUAUGCAGAUGCUGUAAAAAAUUUCCUGGAUUUGAUCUCAUCCUCGGGGAGAAGGGACCCCAAGAGCAUAGAGGAGCCCAUCCUGCUUAAAGAAGGGUUCAUGAUUAAACGGGCCCAAGGAAGGAAGCGAUUUGGAAUGAAGAAUUUCAAGAAGAGGUGGUUUCGCCUGACGAACCAUGAAUUCACCUACCAGAAGAGCAAAGGUGAUCAGCCCCUUUGCAGCAUCCCCAUCGAGAACAUCCUGGCCGUGGAGAGGCUUGAGGAGGAGUCCUUCCGGAUGAAAAACAUGUUCCAGGUUAUCCAGCCAGAGCGUGCCCUGUACAUCCAGGCCAACAACUGCGUGGAGGCCAAGGACUGGAUCGACAUCCUCACCAAAGUGAGUCAGUGUAACCAGAAGCGCCUCACCGUGUACCAUCCGUCUGCCUACCUGAACGGCCACUGGCUUUGCUGCAAGGCCUCCUCGGACACGGCCGCUGGCUGUACUCCCUGCACCGGCGGACUCCCAGCAAACAUCCAGCUGGACAUCGACGGGGACCGUGAGACAGAACGCAUCUACUCUCUCUUUAACCUGUACAUGAGCAAGUUGGAAAAGAUGCAGGAGGCCUGUGGCAGCAAGUCUGUGUACGAUGGCCCUGAGCAGGAGGAAUACUCGACGUUCAUCAUUGAUGACCCCCAGGAGACCUACAAGACGCUGAAGCAGGUCAUCGCCGGGGUGGGGACCCUUGAACAGGAGCACGCACAGUACAGGAGGGACAAGUUCAAGAAGACGAGAUAUGGAAGCCAGGAGCACCCUAUUGGAGACAAGAGCUUCCAGAACUACAUCCGGCAGCAGUCUGAGAUCUCCACCCAUUCCAUUUAACGUCACAGCAUCUCCUGAAUGUGCUGUUGAGCCACGCCAGGAAACCCACCACCUGUAAAAACGGAUAAAAGAAGAAAACAGAACACACACGCAGGGGAAGGAACCACGCUCACCAGUUCACACAGGUCCUACCCAGCUGGCGGGACUACCCAGCGGGCGGGCCGAGCAUGCUCUUCCCCAGCAGGGACUGUUGCCUGGGCUGGGCUCUUUCCUUUCGCUGCCAGCACAGGUGGUCUGAGCCAUUCUGGAAUGUAUGAUCAUUUGUCUUUUUACUCCUUUGGUUUUACGGGGGUCCAGGGAUCUGUUAACUAUUAGGGGAGUGUGGACUUUGUCUAAACCUGUUCCCACAUGGCCCAAUCCCUCCUCACGGAGGCAUGGCUGGUUCAUUCAUGGCGACGUGCACCUUCCGCACAGUACACUGUCUCUUGUUCUUGGCCUGCUGAACUCUGUGGCCCUGCCACGUACAUGUAGCAGCCCGGCCCUAGCCGUAGCAAUUGUACUCAGUCCUUGUCUGGGAUGUUAGAAGCAGUGUUUUCCUGGCAGCCAGCAGGCAGGCAGCCUUUUUCCUUAGUUUGUGUUGGUUUGUUCCUGGCCAAAGGGUCGUUUUGUGGCUGGGAUGGACAGGAUGGUACAGGAAGUCUUUGAUCUUUGGGGACAUGGAGAGGGAGGGCUGUGAGCCCAGUCUUCGCUGGGUGACCAUCAACCCUCAGUUUGAGCACACGUCUGGAUGCCAGGUGAGUUUUUUAAACUAAAAUCCACAUGCUUGCUACCUUGAUGAAAGUUUGGGGAAGAGUUUUUAAAUGUGCAUUUUUCAAGCUGUUUUUCUUAAUGUUUUUAAAGGACUGUUUUUAAAUAGCAUUUUGAUAUAAGGCAGUUUGGAACAUCGACACCUAUAUGCAUUAAAGGGGAUGGUACAGGGAAAUCCCAAAGGGAACAGUAUUUGUUUUCUCACAAAUCCAAAGGGUCCUCAGGGACAGAGACCCAGGCUGGGGACUGCAUCAUCAGCAAUAAAGGCCAAACAUGGUAUUUCACAUGCCUGUGUCUCUGUGAACCCAAUAGGCUAUACAUGGCAAUGUCUAGAGAUACUUUUGAUUGGGGUGGGAGGGUCCUGAAACAGACAAGACAGACUGCAUCAGCUUGGCCCCACAGUGCUGCUGGAGCCUCAUCCCACACAGCAUCUCCAGAGGCUGAGAGAAAGGCACUCUGUGGGCAGAUGUUGCUGAAGGACACCCCGCGCACCCCAGUGCCAGUUUCUCUUUGUUCUUGUUGGGAUGUUCACUCUUCAUCUAGAAAACAUAACAGCAUUUGGUUGCCACAGAAAUGGAGGAUAAAAAAAAAGUCUCUGGACACAGCAGUUAGGCUGCACUGAACCGGGUUUUAACAUGGAUUUGUAACUUAAUGUUUCUGUUUAUAAGAUACUAACAAUUUGCAAUGUAUUUUAUCGGUCAAUUAAAAACAGAUGUUUUAUUCUU